UGUUCCUUCUCCCACAUCAGCGAGUGCCUUGCAUUGACAGAGGCAGUCAUUGACGUCUUUGUGUGGAUUGUUGAAGCAAUACAAGCGUACCGUGACCUUGACGACUUUGAAGUGGUUGAUGUAGAAGGCGUGUUGGUCCACACGUUUUCUUCCUUUCUGAAUGACCCAUUUGUCUUCCGUCUCAUGUGUCUUGCUACUAAGAAAUAUGCAGCGGUCAUCAAGUCGUCGAUCGUGAACAAGCUGUAUGAUUUGCGUUAUCAAGACGGCUCGGGUGUAACGCUAAAUUAUGAAGAGUUGCAGAACUCAUUCCUGAGGAUAUUCGAUCCCCCCAAGUUUGAGAGCUCUGAGCUUACAGUUAAAUAUAAUUUCGUAGCCGACACUAUGCUUCUUUUUGGUCAAAUUAACGCUAUAAGUCAUCACGAGAUUGUAUCUGAUAUGUUACAUGCUUCCUUCAUGAUACUGUUGGAAGAGCAAGAGACCCGUGACAAUUGUAAGUCUUCCAUUGAAAUGUUCUUCUACGUGAAAAUGCCUCGUGUUUGGGCCGCAAUGAUAAAGCUGGGAAUGAAGCCGGAAAGCGUUGUAAGAGGUAUGCAGCACAUGCUGUCGGAAUGCAGACAGGUCAUCGACAAUGUGGACUCAAUCGUGAAGGACAAUACAAUUAGAGCUAUAGUACGACAGCUCAUAUCAGAAAAAGUAAUGUCUGAUGCAGACGGAGAGCUUCUCAUUGCGCAGAGAAACGAACAGUUGAAAAUGAUACAAGGACUUGCCUGCUUGACAAGGGAUGAUGUGCAGCGCCAAACACAAGUUGCUGUCGUCCUGAGCGCUGUACAGGCAAGACAUGUGAUUGACAAGUUGUGGAAUAUGCAGGAAAAGUUGAUGACUGUUCUUACUCGACUUAUUGGAAGUGGUGGUUAUGCCUUUGAUGCAUUCUGCUCCUCUUAUGGACUUGAAGGCACUUUAGGAGAAAUGAGCAGUAGACUGGCUAGUCUGAAUCUUCUUUCCGAAUCCCCAUCAAAUGUAUGCGUCGACCGCAACAUGACCUUCGAUUUAACGUUUACAAUGCUGACGAGAAUAGUCUACAAAUACAGUAACCUUUCUCUCGAUGAAUUGGUAACAGAUCCAAGAGGUGGUCCGGACAAUACUGCGUGUGCAUUUUAUCAGUGGUCAUCACGUUACGUAAAACGAAUAUCUUCUCACGGACAGGAGUCGUUCGAGAAUGACGUACCUCUCGUUCCUCCCGAAUUGAAAGCCGCUUAUAAGGAAAGAGUUCUUCGUCUGAAAGAGCGACAGCUUUUCUGGGAUCCUGUAGUAUGUAAUUACGGGCAGUUGUUGCAUGAAAUGCCCAUCGUAGGGGAGGUCAUCUUGGAUUUUUUUAAAGACAGAAAACAUAUCGAGGAGGAUGUUUCGCGCAUUUUCGCCGCCUUUCGUAAAGCCAAUUGUCUGCUUGUCUGCAUUAUUCAGUGGUUGGAAUGUCAGAUGGUUAUUUACACGAAUGGUGUGUCGAAGACAGCUGGAAGAAAUGUGUGA